CCUCCAUCCUCUCCUCUUCACGACUCUGAUGAGAGAAGACUCUGUGAGUUCUGAGGACUGAUAAACGGAUACAGACAGAGAACAUUUAUGAUGGAGAAUGAAUCCAGAUCAGUUCAGCAGGGAAAUGCCUCCCUCUCUCCUCCGACUCUCACACCUGCCAUCCCUCCGUACGUCAAGCUGGGCCUGACGGUGGCCUACACCAUCUUUUACUCCAUCCUCUUUGCCUUCAUCUAUGCUCAGCUGUGGCUGGUGCUGCGUUACCGGCACAAACGCUUCAGUUAUCAGACGACAUUUCUCUUCCUGUGUCUGCUGUGGGCGGCACUACGAGCUCUUCUCUUCUCCUUCUAUUUUAGAGACUGCGUGACGGCCAACGCUCUUGGACCGUUCUCAUUCUGGCUGCUCUACUGUUUCCCCGUCUGUCUGCAGUUCUUCACGCUCAGUCUGAUGAACCUGUACUGUGCUCAGGUCUUCUUCAAAGCAAAGUCAAAAUAUUCACCUCAUCUUCUUAAAUAUAAGUUUCCUCUCUAUCUGCUGUUUGUUGGAGUGAGUCUGUUGUUUCUUCUGGUUAAUCUGACGUGUGCUCUAAUGGUGAAGAUGACGGACACACAGGUGAAGAACAUCGUUCUGGUGCGGGUGACCAUCAAUGACUCUCUCUUCGUCCUCUGUGCCAUCUCUCUUGCCGUCUGCCUCUAUAAAGUGGCCAAAAUGUCUCUGGCCAGCAUCUAUCUGGAGUCAAAGGGAACAUCUGUGUGUCAGGUGACCCUGAUCGGCCUCAUGGUUAUAUUGCUGUACGCAUCACGGGCUUGUUAUAAUUUAGUGGUCUUGGCUCUCACAGAUAUAGAGACGAUAAAUGCAUUUGAUUACGACUGGUAUAAUGUUUCUGAUCAGGCGGAUCUCAGGUCCAGUUUGGGUGAUGCUGGUUAUGUGGUGUUUGGAGUGAUUCUCUUCGUGUGGGAACUACUGCCCACCUCUCUGGUGGUCUACUUCUUCAGGGUCCGCAAGCCUGCACAAGACAAGAGCAGUUCUGCCAUUCCCAGCCACGUGUUCACAAACAAGCCGUAUUUCUUUGACAACCCCAGACGUUACGACAGCGAUGAUGAUCUAGCAUGGGUAUCCAAUCCCACAGCUACAUCCACCAGUUUAUCUUCUGAUGGCUAUGACUGGAACAGCCGAAGCAGCAGCUUUCUGGUCCAUCUGGGAGGAGACGAUCAGCGGUCGUCCAUAGCAACAGUAGGACUUCACCGUUAACAGCACGGCUUCAUACUGUAAUACAGUUAUGUGUAAAUCUGAGAUGCACCGCACUUUAAACGCCCGCAUACACACACAAACACACACACACGAGUAGUGUCAACGUGACAGCACUGAAAGUCUAAGUUGCCAUGGCAACUGCAUCAUGAGGAGUGCAUAUCGUCAUGGUUACCACGCUCAGAACGAUGUUUAUUUUAAACCAUGUGAUUCAGCAGCAGCAGAUACAGUAGAGGCCCACGUCUGCGGUCGCUGUACUUGGAUAACAAUACUAACAUACUGCAUACUACACUUUUACAUACUUAUAAAAAUAAUAAGCAUUAUGUUAGUAUUCUAGAAGUAUGCAACAAUUAACACCUCAAUCGGCAGUGUGCGUCAUUCUUGUCAUGUGACCUUAUUACGUUGCAUGUUUAAUACACUGAGUGGCGUCCGCUUAUCAUUAAAAAAAUAACUUUUAAUAUGAAUAAUACAUUUAAUAUUUUUAAUGCAGUUUUGUGUAAACAAAAAAUCUUUACUUUUGGCAGUCCAAAGAAAAUAUGAACCAAGCAAUCCUGGCUGAUAUUAUAUGACAUUUGAUACUUUAUUUGUACGGAAAUUUUAAGUCACGUUAAGUGUUUUGCUUUGGUAUAUCAUACAUACAUACAUACAGUGCAAAAUAGUUCGAUACUACGCAAAGCAUGCAUACUGCAAUAAUAGACAGAGUAGUAUGACAUUAUGGUAUUAUUAACACGUCUCAGAAAUAAACCUUAUAAACCGUGAUGAUACUGUAAAUCUGUUUAUG